UGGAGUUUCUAUUUUCUAAAAAACAAAAAAACAAAUACCUAAUAAAAAUUCCCGCCAACAUUCUCUUGUUCACAAAAUUGCCACACGACCAGUUGCACUCAAACAGGAAUAAAAUGGAUCCAGAGGAGAGGCGGCAGCAACAACAAAUGCUGCAGCAGAUGAAACAACAAAUCGCUAUCGCCAAUGCCCAGGAGCUGCUUUACAAUAUGAGCACCAAGUGUUUUCAGAAGUGCGUGACACGGCCGCGUGAGUCUCUGGACGCGCAGGAGAAGAAGUGCAUUGGCAUGUGUAUGGAUCGGUUCAUGGAAUCCUACCGCCUGGUCUCGCACACCUAUGGACAUCGUCUGCAGCGCGAACGCAACCGAAUGCACUGAUCAACAAUCGUGACCCCAAAUUAAGCAAAUAAAACGCAUAAAGAAACAAUAAAUUUGAUGUACGCGUAGAAGAUAGAUAUUAUCUACAAUU